AGACAUUUUAUCUUUUAUUCUGCAGACAAAUCAUUCAUCAAGACAAUGAAUUAUUUAUUCGGUUACAAGUUACAAUUAAUUAUUCGCUUUGUUUCAGAGGGACAAAGGAAGGCUAAUUUUGAAGAGUGCGACGCUAAAAUACGAGAAAGCAAUGAUAAGACAGUCAACCUCAAGAAAGACAUCAAGAAUUUGCUGUCCAAGUAUGCCAAAAUUAUAAAUAAUGAAGAAGCUGCAGAAAAAGUUUUACCAGUAAGCCGGGAAUCAUCAGCGUGUAUUAAAAGGCGCGGAUUGCGCGAAGCUAUUUCGCGUGCUGAUGAAGAAAACGUCCGUCUGAGAAAAAAACUCGAUCUGCAACAAGAGCGACUUGCAAAACUCUUAGAUGAUUACAAAGAAUUGAUGAGCGGACGGACACAAAAAUUAUUGGAGAAAAAGCUUGAAGAUCCUUUGAAAAAGAAAAUUGUGAGCUUGGAAAAUCAAUUGCACCGAGUAAGUGUUAUGCAAAUGGAAGCUGACAUGGUGAGAAAAAAAUACAGAUCAGUAAGAGCGAGUCUAAAAUCAGACGCUGCAUUCUAUGUGUCUUCGUUAAAAAAUUUAGAGCAGAGUAUAAAAGAACAAGAGCUUGAAAUCAAACAACUGCAGAGAGUGAAAGAAGAGGCUGUGGAAUUGAGAGACAUAACAAAAGAGGCAUUGAUGCAUCAAGAAAUAGAGGCGAUGCAAAAAAGCAAAGAACGCGAUCAAAUAAUUCUCGACUACAGACAACGAGUUGAGGAUCGUAAAUUAGAGCUCGAGCGAUUGGAGAGGUUGAUUUUUCCUAACACUCGUGUACCUGCGCGUGAAGAUGACUUUGAAGGGGAAAAACGCAAGCAAGACAGCGAAGAAGCUGAUGAUAAGCCUGUAGAUGAGAUGACUCGUCUUCAGGAAGCGUUUACUAAGCUGAGAAGUGCCACUGGUGUCACCAAAAAUGAACAAGUGCUUGAUAGGUUCCUAAGCCAGCGCGCCACCAAGGAUAAGCUGCAGAAGAUGAGGGUAUCGAUGGAAGAAGACAAAAUUAGUUUAGAGAAACGUCGCCAGCAAUUUACUACCGAAAUUGAAAUGCAAAAAUUUUCCGAAACCAAAGACGCUGAUCAAAAUGCGGAAAAAUUGGCAAGAUUGAACGCUGAAAUAUCUGAACAAACGGAGCGAGAAAAAAAAGCAGAAGCUGAAAGUCAGCGAGUGCAAGAAGUAAUAAAUGAAGUCGCGUUGAUGCUUUGGAAAUUUUGCGAUAGACUUUCUGACGUUAAUCCAACGCCGGUACCGCCUGAAGACUCCCAUGAAAAUCCGCACAGACUUUUAGAGCUUCUGGAAGAAAAAUUAACAGCUGCUAUCAAUAUUAUGGGUGGGCCGGAAAAAUAUGCCGAAUGGAUACAAGAAACAGCUGCUGAUAAGAUUGAUAUUUUAUCGACGGAAUCAGCGGGCCAUGAAAGAAAAAUAGAUAUUGAUGAUCGCCCGUUAUUUCCACGUUUUCCUGGAACACCAACUCCUGCAGCAGCACCUGUGCCGUCGGAUGAUGAGGAAGAAGUCCCCACGAGAAGUAUUCUCAAGAGACAAGCUCAACUUCUUGUCGACACGAAGAGCCGAAGAAAGGCCUUCAAUUUCAGAAGAUAA